AAACAAGAUAAAUAUCUUUCCAGUUCAUAAAUUUUGUUUAACUGAAGAAGAAGAAAAAGAUGAGAACUUCUUCUCUUCUUGGUUGGUUUUUGAUCAUCUCCCUCUUGUUACUUUCUCAAUCCCUCAUAAUUUCAUGCGGACGUCAUGGAACCAAGAUCACUCCUUUGGAACGGGGACUAGUUGAACAUGAAGAGAACGCAGAUGGGUCUCACGGUCAUCACCAUGACCAUCUUCGAGUCUUCGUGAGGAAAAGCAAAAGCAAGAAGAAGAAGAAGGACAAAUCAUCAGCCACUCGAACUCUUCUCUCUAACCCUUUUACCUAUGUAUCUACUGUUGUGAGUUCCUUUGUUUUAUUGCUCGCCGCUUUUUAAUCUAUUUCCAAGAUCAUAGGUUGCGAUUUUUUUUUUUUUUUUUGGGUCGUCAAAUGGCUUGAAUUUGCGUGUUUGUAUUUCCGAUUGAGUUUAACGAUUUGUAUCCUUUUCCGGCAAAGUUUGUAACUCUUGAAUGUUUGAAAAGUUGUCUGAUCUGGUUUGUCUAUUAUUGUGGUUGUUUUGUUUAAUGAAUAAUAACUGAUUGUCUAAGACUA